AGAUUAAAUCGAGCUGGCUAAUGCAUUCAGCGACUAGAAUCGGUGUAAAGUGAAUCAAAACGGCGCAAAGGAAGCCUUACAAAAAUACAAAACGGUGUAAAUUUUCAUGAACAGUAAAAGUAACGCUUUAAAUCACACACACGUUUAAAAAGUGCUUGUGUUAGAAAAAAAAAAAAAAAACAAAGAAAUAAAUAAAAAUAAAUAAAUAAGGCUUAAACAUAAAAGGAGAUACCAACGAAAGUGAAACUCCACUAACGUCUGUGCGAAAGUGAAAUCAGUGCAUUCAAGCAGAAAAGGUUGCGGUACUCAACUCGAUACAAAACAAGUUUGAAACAAUGACUUCGACGCUUAGCAGUCUACUACAGACUUUAGGUCUCGGCUCCGCAACUAAAAAGCCAGUGGCAACAACAACGAAUAUGGGUUUGCACAAAUCAUUCCCACAGGAAUCCAGCAAUACCGGUCUGCCGCGCGGUCUACCCGAAAUACCACUUGCCGCCGUCGCACAACACGAUGACUACACCGACUGUUGGAUUGUCAUCUAUGAUCGCAUUUACGAUGUUACACAAUUCCUGCGCGAUCAUCCCGGUGGUGAGGACAUCAUAAUGGAACAUGCCGGUCGUGAUGCCACGCUGGCCUUUCACGGCACCGGACACUCAAGUUCGGCGAUUGAGCUGAUGGGCGAGUAUCUGAUUGGUGAAUUGCCAGCCAAGGAGUGCAUCUUCCGCAAUGGCAAUGCAAAAGUGCUGUCCAUUGGAGUGCCACAGUGAAAAUGCGCAGAGAGAGCGCAAAAGGGAGAGAAAGAGUAACGAAGAGAGAGAAAGAAUAGAGAUAGAAAAAGUUCGAAAAGAGGAGAAUGUGCGUAAGUCAAACCUCUUAGGAAUGAGGCAAAAAGCAUGUCGCACCGCACUGUACCUAUAGGCUUAUGCUGUUGAGCUCUUAUGUGGACUUAUGCCACUAUAGAUUAUCACUUCGCACCAUCACAUUUAUACACACAGAGUACAUACAUACAAAUUGUAAGAGUACGUGAAUAUUGCGAGCGCCGCUAUUGCGUGUUUGCCCAACUGAUAUGUAAUUAGCAAAGCGAAAGCUGAAUUGCGCCCGAAAACUUAUCAGUUAAUGGAGUUGCCGUAUUACGCAUCAAUAAAAUUAUAUAAUCUGAGAGGCACAGCAAUUAAGACAUUAUGAGUAGAAUUUGAUAGAUUGACUCUGGUGUUAUCAAAAUAAGCACUUACACAUACACAUACACACUUGCACAUGUACGCUAUGUACCCAGCUAGCAAUUUCGAUCGCAGGAAACUAGAGAGACGAGCGAUUUUUUUUUUCUUAUCUUUGCCGACUAAUAGAAUGGCAAACGUCGGCGAAUCUUUAGUGAGAGUUUAUCAGGAAUUAGCAGACGAUUUUUGUAUGAGUGGUUAAACACGCGCAGAGAGUAUUUAUUUUACAAGGUGGCGUACGAGCAAUGCUGCUGCAGUGACAGUCCUCGGCCGGGCAUAAAUUCGAAUCGUUCCGGUAACGUAAAACCGACUGUCAUGAGAACGCCUUCUUUCUUUUCAUUUUGAUUGAUUGCAAUAGUACUCUUAAAAUUUAUAUACCUAAAAGACUACAAAAUAAGUUUAAAGAAUUGCAUGCUUUUUUUGCUUAUUUCUUCUUAUUUAACACUCAAGCCUUUAAAUUAUUUUCCCACUUAUUGACUUCUCUCCCAAUGUCACCGCGUGAUCUUGACUUACACUUCAUUUUUUUGCAAUAGAAAUCAGUAAAUAGUUUUUUAGUCGUUACUUGACCAAAAAAUGAGGCGAAAUUUAAAAUAAAGAGCAGAGAAAGAGAAAAAUCAGGUACUCCUGAAGCCACAUACAUUUCAUUAUUUAAUCUCUGCAAAAAAGAGACGCGAACUCGUCACUCUCGUCCAUAUUGAGCGCCGUCGUGCUAGCUGGGUACACCAACUGAUAUUCGCUGAAAUUAAAAUUAUAGAAAUCAGCAUUUCGAUCUGCAUAAUUAUGCUUCUGCGCUCACUUGAAGCGGAACAUGGCAUACCCACACAGAAGCAUUGACAUCAUAAUACAUAUAUACAAACCUGCACAUAAGAAUGUAAAUAUAUAAAUUCAAUUGAUGAUUGAUGCACUUGAUACCACUGAUGCUUCGAUGACUUGACAGCUUUCCGCUUCGGAAGUCCUCAUUUCAAACUGCACUGUGUCAUAUAUAUAUAGAUUUCUUGCUCGAACUGAACGCUGUGUAUAUGUACUUACGUUUGCUACUUAUUCAUAUUUUAUUACUAGAUUUAAAUUAAUGAAAAAUGCCCAACCCAAAUGUCAAUAUAAGUAUGUAUAAGUGAUAAUACAGUAGCAUGUUUAGAUUUCAAAUUAAUUGGGACUAGUGCAUUUUAAUUGGAACAUAUUUUUUGUAAAAAUAAAAUUCCAACGAAUAAGUAAAUAUUAUAUAUUUGUCCCUGAAUUUAGAGCUGACCUUCAUGUAGAUAUGAGCAUAUUUUUGAAAACUGAAAAAAAAAAAAAUGCAUGCUUAUCAAUUUGACAGUUUAUAUUAUUGCACUUCCCUAUCUGCAAUGUAAUCUAAGUAUUUAGGAUUAGUUAAGACAUGUUUGCUUAGUCAAAUUAGAACAUAAAAAAACAGCUAAAAUUAAUACAAAAAUAUUUUGUAAGCCGUCCAAUGAUUUCUGCGAUGUAUCUUAUUUUAAGAAAAACAAA